AUGUCUUGCUUUAUAAAGUUAACGCAAAGGGCCAAAAGAACACUCUCAAUUGAAGCAGAUUUUCAAAAUUAAGGGUAUUUACCAAAAUUAUAACUGGCUAAAUCAAGAGCACUCACAUGCAACAACAAAAACUAUAUUGCAAAAAACUCCAAAAGUAUUUCUUCCAAAAUCAAUUCAAUAACACCAAGGGUAAUCUCAAGACCUGUCAUUAACGAUUUCCAUUUUAGAAAAUUGUAAAAUUGUAGGAAAGCAACACCAUUGAAGGAAUUAAAAAUGAUAGAAAAAAGUACAAAUAAGAAAACCGUACAAAAAAAACCCUCACUUGAUUUCAGUCUCUCUGGAUUUUAAAUGAUGGAUAUCGAGAGGGAAGAUUGUUUCCUUUAAUCAUAUGUUAGAAAAUAAUGA